AUGGACAAUCCAUCUCUCGUUACGCCUUGGGACAUGGCUGCUCCCAGUGCACCCCGGCGCCCCUUGAUCGCUCUCGUGGACGACUUCAACGAAUUCAAGACCGUUGAUCUUCGAAGCCCGGAAAGUCCCACUGUACACUUCCAUGAAAAUCUGUCUGCCAUGAUCCACGUACCUCAUUGGUGGACACAGGUGUUUGGGUGGAUGGCAUUCAUACCUAAAUGUGCUCACCUUGAAGGUGCUUUACUUGGCAUUCUUGCUCACAUACCCAGUGAUUUCGAUCAAGUCGAUGGCAAGUACCAGUUGCCUGCCCACGUUAUGAACGGAUGGCGAAAUGCAGAAUGUUGGAUGGUCAACGCAAUGAAAGGCUUGAGUAGAUUUGGAGCACUCGCUCCCGCAUAUCCUUCUGCACGAGGAUAUCUGAGGGCACAUGCAUCACCUUCCAUUGCAUGGAGGGAAGCACAUGCCGCUAGAGAAAUCUUUCUUCUGUGGAUUGGUCUCUUCUCUUACGCAGUCGCAAGAGCCGAUUCAACAUCGUAUCAAGAAUGGAACUCCUUUCUGGUUGAAAAGCUGCAGUUCCAUCCUUCAAUUAUUGACCUCAUUCGUGCAUCUGAUAUUGGCACUUGUACCCACGAGAGUCGGCGUGUGGGCACAUUUAUACAUCUGAACAAUACCGACAUUAGACACACCUGCCAACCAUCUGUCCGAUGGUUUGUCGAUCAUAAUAUUCCUGUCUGGUACCAAUGGGACAAGUAUGAGAUUAAGAGAGCUGAGGGAAAUCCUUAUUUAUCAUCAAUAGGCCCUCUGCCUCAUCAAAUCGAGUUUCAAAGGGAGGAAGCUCUUUCCCACAUACCAACAAAUCUCGCUAAGAAGUACCCGAACCAGAUUUGGGAACAUUUUUUCCAGAAACGCAGGGAGUGCUUAACCCGAUUGCUCUUUCUUGAGAAGCCAUCUGAACGUGAGAGAAGGUUGAAUCAAGAACAGAUACCACCAACAAAGACUGCACAGGUCUUUGUGUGGGACAGAGAUCCUGAUCAUCUUGUUCGUGAGGAGGUUUUUGUAAGAGAACGUGAGGAAACUUUGGCAGAAUAUGGCUCUCAGCAAAAAGUCUAUAGCUCAUUCUGGAAUCAGUGGGACUGUUGCUGUGCAUUUGGACCACCAGAUGCAUCUAGCAGUCAGGAAGAUGAAGAUGCAUAUAAAGAUGCUGAUCCUUUCCAAAAUCCCAAGCAGUAUGAUGAGGUGAUUGAACAACCCCCACUACAACAACCCAUGAUUCAGCCCAUGACCGAAGAAGACUAUGAGAAUGCCAAUACAUUGCCUGACCACUACCAGGACACUCUGAAGGGCCCAAGGUGCACCUUACAAGGUCUGAUCGAUCAAGUACAACACAUCAUGCAUGAACGUUAUGGAUUGGUCACUCCACAAACCUUCAACUCUCAAGGAUUACCCUCUUUGACUAGUAAACAUCGAAAGUUUUGGCUCCGAUGGAUUGGUCGAUUGCCAACAAAUAAAAAUGAAGAUGUGUUACAUCAAUUCUGGAAUUUGGACCUUGUUAGGUUUUGGGUUGCCUUCACGGAAGAACUGCAGUGUCGCCAAAACAUUCAAAAUAUCAACUGUGAUAUUAACAUGUAUCAUGCUGAUUCCUUAACAAAAUCCAAACGCCUUCAACAGAUCUGUCAUGUGAUCAAUAUUCGUGACAAUGAACGGCAUGAUUUCAAUCACCCAUACAAAGAUGAUAGAAAACACAUCAAAACCUGGUAUAUCUUUGACUUUGGAGUAGAAGCCACAGUGCCAUGGAAAUUGGCAGUCACAUCAGCAUCAGAUGCAUUGCUUGUCUGUAGACUUGAUGAUCGAUUCCUGGAUAUUGAUAUUGCUAGGUAUCUGGCAGGUCGUGGCAUUGCAUUUCGAACCUUGGCCUCAAGGGCUCAGAUCCCAUUGUCACCAUCAGUACCUGAAGUUGACGUUUAUUUACCCAGUCGUCCUCAAGACUAUAUCUUCACGCAAGCUGACUAUGUAGCAUAUCUGUACUUCAGGGCACGUAUGCUUCGUCGGCCUCGUAUUCGAGCUGCAAUCCUUCGGGGUGGAUACUUCUGGAGAUUAGUUAUAGGCAGCGUUAGCCUGGAUGAAGUUUUGGAGGGUCCUAUCGGUGGUGCUAGUAUGUUUUCUAUUGAGGGUGAUGGCAAAGAAUUUGUGGAUGACAAGUUAUCCAAACAUGAGAUGGAUCUUUUGUGUGGAACAUAUAUGUGUGGAACAUCUCGUGCCAAUGAUACAGCUUUUAAGUCUUGGUGGCCGCCAUCCAGUAUCAUUGACAAUGAAUCUACAAAUCAAGUUUAUGGCGAAUGGAGUGAAUGGGCAGAAGCAUUAUAUUCAACCCGUGUUGCUGAAAUUCGUUCAGGCAGUGCCCAGCCUCGUCCAGUCUCGCAAUGGAGGAACUUCCUUAAGGGUCACAAGGAGUCAACGUUACUUAUACGACAAACAGAAACAUUAGCAGUUAACUUCCUCAUCAAACAUCGACCUGAAUUAAGAACCACCUUGAUAAAGUGUAAUGCUGAGUGGUGA